AUGUCUUCAAGGAGAGCGAUUGCAUGUGUCACUUGUGCGAAAGCGAAGACAAAAUGCGACAAAGCUCUACCAUCGUGCUCCCGCUGCAUCACCAAGGGCAUCAAGUGUGAACCGCGAUCAACACGUCGCACAUCGGAUAAUGGCUACCGAGGAAACAUAAAGAAGCCUUUUAUGUCAUCGAAAAGAUAUCACUCCACCAGCACUGUACCGUCGUUGAAUCGACACACUUCACUUCGAACCGUACCCUCUUCAAACCGACCGCGGGCUAUGCGCGCCGCCCCGCAUAUUGAUUUUAGCACUGCUGUGAAAAUGACAGAGCAUGCUUCCGGCGUCUCAGGAUACCCCAUGCUCACCCCCCUUCCAACAUACACAUCUCAAAUCGUAGAUGAAUGGCACUCGUAUUCGAGUGCUCCCGAGCAAAACAUGGUUGCCUACACACAAGCAGUGGAGAUGAACACCUUCCCCAUUUCAGGUCGUUUGACACCACAGACACCAGAACCAACAAUUUACCAUGAGCCACUAUCUAUUGGAGAGAACCUGGACCCGUACAUGAAUUCUCAGUCAUGGUCAGACGAAGUGUUUGUGUCGGCUGGACUCGGAUUUGACCCUGAUAUGACGGCGAUGCUACCCACAAAUAUGUGGCCUACAUCUGAACAUGAGCAAGUUAUGCAGAUGGAUCAGAUGUCAUGGCCUCAGCCUUCUCUCGCUGUAUCCCCCACGCACAUGUCAACUGAGCUAGGAUCCAACACUUGCGAGGUGCCUUCAUUGACCACUAGCGAGUGCUCGGCGGAAGACUUCAACAAUCCGGGACCGAGUGUAGACGAAUGGUCAAUCUACCAACCUACCGCCACUCAGAUCAACAUAGCAAAUUUUGUCACUUCGGCUCCCUUCCUGCACGACUUGAAUCUUAUUCCGAGCCAUGCGCCUAUCUGGGAAGACGUUUUCAUACCUGGCCUAUCGCAAUACUAG